UUUAAAAAAAAAAAAAUUAAUCGGUCUCUCUCUCUCUCUUUCUCUCUACCCCCCACCUCCUCCCUCCAUUUUCUUUGCUAUAAAUAGGUUCAGCCCCAAACCCAAUUCCAUGCACAGAAAAGAGCAAAAAGCGUCAUUUCCAUUUCCCUAAAAAUUAGUGACACAAUACAACUAAACUCGUCUACCUCACUUCCAUAACAGAGAAAAAAUGGCAGCUAAAGAAGCCAUUGUUGAAUCUCCAUUGCCAAACCAACAAGAACUCGAAAACAGAGCCACAGUGGAAACACUCUACAAGGCGCUAGCACAGGGACAAACAGAGACAGCCGCAUCACUCCUAGCAAGCGACCUUGAAUGGUGGUUCCACGGGCCUCCACGCUGCAACCACAUGAUGAGGGUCCUCACCGGAGAGGCCAGCCACACGGCAUUCCUGUUCGAGCCCAGAAGCGUCACGGCCAUCGGCGACUGCGUGAUCGUGGAGGGUUGGGAAGGUGCCAAAGUUUACUGGGUCCAUGUUUGGACGCUUAAAAAUGGUGUUAUUACUCAGUUCAGAGAGUACUUCAAUACUUGGCUCACUGUCAGAGAUGUAAGGCCUCCCAGAUGGGAGAUUGGGCAUGAUCAGAGUCUCACUCUCUGGCAGAGUCAGCCUAGGGACCUUUUUAGGCGCUCUUUGCCUGGCCUUUUGCUUGCCAUUUAGACUUAAAAAAAAGAG